CUCUCUCUCUCUCUCUCUCUCUCUCUCUCUCUCUGCUCUAUUGCCAUUGUUCUUGUUAUCCGUAAAUUUCUCUCGCUAAAUAUUUCUGUACUUUUUCUCUCUAAAUUUGUUUUUAGGUUGAUAGAUUGUACUUUCUCUUUGUAAAUUUAGCUAUCUUUCUUUUCAGUGCUCCUGCUACUCUCUCUCUUCUGAAACUUUUGUGUUCCUUCCCUUGCUUUUUAUGGGUUUUUAGACGGAGAGAAAGAGCUGAAAGACCUGAAUUUCGAGGAUUUUCCUCUUGGGUUUUAGUUAUUGGGUGGGUGAAGGAAGUGAUGGAGGGGACAAUUAGGAAUGGGGCGAAUUAUGUGCCACUUUCUCCUAUUUCUUUUAUUGAGAGAGCAGGGAUUGUUUACAGAGAGAAUACUUCUGUUAUAUAUGGGAGUCUGAGGUUCAAUUGGGGUGAAACACUGGAUCGAUGUCGUAGGCUUGCUUCUGCACUCUCCGGGCUCGGUAUUUCACAAGGAGCUGUUGUAGCUGCACUAGCCCCGAACAUUCCAGCAAUGUAUGAGCUACACUUUGGAGUGCCAAUGGCUGGUGCAAUCUUAUGUACCCUCAACAUACGCCAUGACGCUUCCAUGCUGUCAAUUCUCCUCAAGCAUUCUGGUGCCAAGGUCAUCUUUGUGGAUUACCAAUUCUUGGAACUCGCUCAGGAAGUUCUCAUACUCAUCUCCCAAACUUGUACACCCCCUCAACUCGUACUCAUUUCUGAACUCCUCCAAAGCUCGGCACCCAUCCUUUCAGCCCAAUCUGAGUUCCCCAAUUACGAAACUUUAUUGAGGGAAGCGAACCCCAACUUUACAGUCAUAUGGCCAAUUGAUGAGUGCCUACCCAUCUCCAUAAACUACACCUCAGGCACUACAUCAAGGCCCAAGGGGGUGGUUUAUACUCACCGUGGAGCAUUCCUCAAUGCGCUUGUAUCAGUGCUCAUGGUGGAGAUGGGCUUGAUGCCAGUGUUCCUAUGGACCGUGCCCAUGUUCCAUUGCAACGGGUGGUGCUUCACAUGGGGGGUGGCGGCCCAAGGCGGGGCCAAUGUGUGCAUCCGGAACGUCACACCUGAGGUAAUAUUUGAGAGCAUAGCUAUGCAUAAAGUAACCCACAUGGGUGGCGCGCCCACAGUGCUCAACAUGCUCAUCCACACUCCACGGGAGCACCGUCGCACAUUCCAACAUAAGGCACACAUCAUUGUAGGGGCAGCUCCUCCGCCCACAAAGGUCCUCUUUGCAAUCGAGGAAAUGGGUUUUAGCCUCACUCAUUCUUAUGGGCUUACAGAGACCUAUGGGCCCGCCACAGUGUGUGCAUGGAAGCCAGACUGGGAUGCCCUGCCCCUAGAGCAAAGGGCAAGACUUAAAUCAAGACAAGGGUUGCACCACUUGGGGCUUGCAGAGGUUGAUGUAAAGGACCCUGUUACUAUGAAAAGCGUCCCUGCUGACGGAAAGAGCUUAGGGGAGGUGAUGUUUAGGGGCAAUACAAUUAUGAGUGGGUAUUAUAAGAAUGGGAAAGCUACUCAGGAGGCUUUAGCUGGAGGGUGGUUUAGGAGCGGGGACCUGGGUGUUAGGCACCCUGAUGGGUACAUUGAGUUGAAGGAUCGCUCCAAGGAUAUUAUAAUUUCAGGUGGAGAGAACAUAAGCACCAUAGAGGUGGAGUCAGUGCUCUAUGCGCAUAAUUGUGUGUUCGAGGCAGCAGUGGUGGGCCGGCCAGAUGAACACUGGGGUGAGACACCCUGUGCCUUUGUGAAGCUCAAGGAGGGGUUCGAUGCCACGAAAGAGGAGAUCAUUGCCUACUGUCGUGAAAAGCUGCCACAUUAUAUGGUGCCAAAGACUGUUGUCUUUGGGGAUUUGCUGAAGACUUCAACUGGAAAAAUUCAAAAGUUCGUUUUGAAGGAAAGAGCGAAGGCGAUGGGAAGCCUCACACUGCAGAAAAAGAGCAAGCUCUGAAUCUGAUGGGUAAGCAAUUGAAUGGGAAUUAUGUGACGGUGAAGAAUGUGAAAGACUUGGUAUUGCUAGUAAAUGUUAAUAAAAGUAAUCAGCGUUUUAUAUAAGGGUGCGGUUUGUAUAGAGCCUCGGCUUCAAACAAUCAAAUUAAAGCCUUCUUUCAAAUA